GAUUAUUUUUAGUUACCGAUGGGUAUACCUACUUGUAAUUAGUUAAUGUAUACUCACGUUUCUCCCAGCAAAACUGCCGAAGAAAGAAAUGUGUAUAUAAUUCGAUCGUUUUGAUAUUGGAGGCGGUAAUGCAUGAAUCGUACUUUUGGCUACAUUCAUGCAUGCUUAUUGGCGAUAUCCAGUUUCAUCUUCGUUUACAAUUAUGGAAAAAGGUUAUAUAAACUGUGUUGAUACGUAGUCAAUCCCAGGGAAAAAAAGUAGAAGAGUAAGAAAUACAAAAACUUACGGAAUAAUUUACCCUUGUAUAUGUGAACAAUGUUCAUCAUAAAUUAAUUGUACAAUUAAAUGACAAUAAACAGAUUUGAGCCUUUGGUGACUAUAUUAAGAAAUAUGGCUUUUAAAAGUUAUUAUGCAGUAGCUAAAGGCCGUACACCUGGAGUUUAUCAUACUUGGCCUGAAUGUCAUAAACAAGUGUUUCGUUUUUCUGGACCUGUAUUUAAAAAAUUUAAAACAGAAACAGAAGCACGCAAAUUCAUUGAAGAAUAUGAGAAAACAAAUAAAGAAAAUGACAUGAAAGAUGCAUUAUCUAUAAUUGGUAAAAGACGACAAAUACAAAAUAACAAAGGUACAGACUCUCAUACCGAACACUCAGGUUCAAAAAAGCUAAAAACGACAAGUUCAACAAAACAUGAAAAUAUAUGGAUAGAUAAAGUAAAUGAUUUAACUCAAAAUUUUAUUGUGGAUAGCGAUGGUUUUGUCAAUGUAUAUACAGAUGGUGCAUGUAGUGCAAAUGGGAGAGAAAACGCAAAGGCUGGUAUAGGUGUUUGGUUUGGCGACAAUCAUCCUCUAAAUGUAUCAGAAGCUGUUGUUGGUCGAGCAACUAACAACAAUGCAGAAAUUAAUGCUGUAACUGUAGCUGCUAGACAAGCAAGAAAGGCAGGUAUUAAAAAUUUGAAGAUUAAUACAGAUUCCCAAUUUCUUAUCAACUGCAUAAAGUAUUGGAUGCCUAGCUGGAAAGAAAAGGGAUGGGUUACUUCAAAUAACAAACCUGUUAUAAAUAAGAAUGAACUAAUAGAAAUGGAAGAAGCUUUAAAACCUCUAAACGUGGUUUGGAAUCAUGUCAAUGGUCAUGUUGGAGUUUAUGGUAAUGAAAUGGCUGAUAAGUUAGCUCGGACAGGAAGUUCAAAAUAUAUCUAACAUUCAUAUGUAAUAUUCACAAAAUAGUCAUUAAAUAUUUAUAUUUUAAUCAAUAAUUUAAA